UAGUAAAAUGGAAGGCAAUCGAACGUUUCAGGUCUUUCACUUUCUGGGUUUUCAGAGCUGUAAAAGCGAGACUUGAGCACCGUGCCGUGGAAGAGCUGGAGCGUGGUUCCGUACUGCAUUAAGGCCGUGAGAGAUGGCAGGAGGAAGUUUUGCAGCUCAAGGACCGGCUGGGAACUAUGAAGGUGGCAUCACAGUUUUCGUGGUCAUCACCUGUCUCGUUGCGGCCAUGGGCGGUCUCCUGUUUGGUUAUGACCUUGGUAUCUCAGGUGGGGUUACUUCAAUGGACGAUUUCUUGCUCAAGUUCUUCCCAUCAGUGUACCAUAAAACGAAAGAGGGGUCGAUCCACGAUAGCCAGUACUGCAAGUAUGCAGACGAGAUCCUGACCCUGUUCACCUCGUCCCUCUACCUUGCGGCACUUGUGGCUUCCUUUGUCGCAUCAUGGGUCACCAGGGCCUACGGCCGAAAGAUCUCCAUGUUCACAGGAGGCGUGGCCUUUCUCAUCGGCGCAAUCCUCAAUGGCAUUGCGAUGAACGUUGAACUGCUGAUAAUUGGCCGUUUAUUGCUUGGUGUUGGGGUUGGAUUUGCUAAUCAGUCCGUUCCGGUCUAUCUGUCCGAAAUGGCGCCAGCGAACGUCAGAGGAGCGCUCAACAUCGGCUUCCAAAUGGCCAUCACAAUCGGCAUUCUGGUGGCCAAUUUCGUCAACUACGGGACUGCACAGAUCAAGGCUGGAUGGGGCUGGAGAGUCUCUCUGGCUCUAGCCGCCGUCCCUGCAAUACUGAUGACUGUUGGAUCCUUCUUCCUGCCGGACACUCCUAACUCCAUCAUCGAAAGAGGCCACCGCGAGGAGGCCAAGAGAAUGCUUCAGAGGAUCCGCGGGACCGAGCAUGUGGACUACGAGUUCCACGACCUGGUCCUCGCCAGCGAGACUGCGAAGAAGGUCGAGCAUCCCUGGAGGAAUAUAUUGCAGCCGAGGUACAGGCCUCAGCUCGUGAUCUGCACCCUCAUCCCGUUCUUCCAGCAGCUCACUGGCAUCAACGUCAUCGUGUUUUACGCACCGGUUCUGUUCAAGACCUUGGGUUUCGGUGCCAACGCCUCCCUCAUGUCUGCGGCCAUCACUGGCGUUGUUAACGUCAUCGCAACGUUGGUUUCGGUAUUCUCGGUCGACAAGUUUGGAAGGAGAGGCUUGUUCCUUGAAGGAGGAACCCAGAUGAUAAUUUGCCAGAUUGCAGUAGGAGUACUGAUCGGGAUGAACUUCGGAGUCACUGGCGAAGGAUCCUUCUCCAGAGGUGAAGCCGAUCUGCUCUUAGCGUUGAUCUGCUUAUACGUGGCGGCGUUCGCGUGGUCGUGGGGUCCACUGGGGUGGUUGGUCCCGAGCGAGAUCUGCCCAUUGGAGAUCCGGUCGGCUGGCCAGUCGAUCAACGUCUCGGUCAACAUGUUCUUCACCUUCAUCAUUGCUCAGGCGUUCCUCGCUAUGCUCUGCCACAUGAAGUUCGGCCUCUUCUUCUUCUUCGCCGGCUUCGUCAUCAUCAUGACCAUCUUCAUUUUCUUCUUCUUGCCCGAGACCAAGAACGUGCCGAUCGAAGAUAUGAACAGAGUGUGGAAGGCGCAUUGGUUCUGGGGAAAGUACAUCCCCGAUGAGGCCGUCAUAGGUGGGGACCCUGAGAAUUAGACAUUUUUGCUGAUAGAGGUAGGAAUGAGAGACUUACUGGUUUCUGUCUUUCAAGAAAGCAUCACAAUUGAAGGGACGAUUUAAUUGAUUCUCUUCGUUUGCAAAAACAUGUUUACAGCUUAUUCUUUGGUAAA